CUUCAGCUGCUCCUCUCCUCUAUCAUUCUGCCCAGGAGGACCCCAGCCCUCCACACCUAAAUUCUCUUCUUCCUGAACAUCCUGGGCCUGGAUUCCAGUUUUACAAGGCUUCUGAGCAGGUUGCCCCAUUGCUCACCAACAUGGAAGAGGUUGUUGGGUCUGUCGAGGAUAAAGAAUUUACAUGCUUCUCCGAUGCUAUAUCCAUUCACAAAAACAGCAAUAUUUUAUCUGUGGAAGUUGUCAAGAAUAUUGAGACUGCUGUGAAUGAAGGAAAGUUGGGAGAAGUGGUCUCCAUAGUCAAAGAUAUCAGUCAGGAAGUAUCCAAGAGCACAGUGAAAAUUGCUGUGACUGGGGACUCUGGCAAUGGCAUGUCAUCCUUCAUCAAUGCCCUUAGGCUCAUUGGACAUGAGGAGGAGAAUUCAGCUCCCACUGGGGUGGUGAGGACCACCCAGAAACCAGCCUGCUACUCCUCCUCCAGAUUUCCCAAUGUGGACUUUUGGGACCUGCCUGGCACAAGGGUCACAGUCCCGAGUAUGGAGAACUACCUGAAGGAGAUGGAGUUUGACAAAUAUGACCUUAUCAUCAUCAUCAUCCCUUCUGAGCAGUUCAGUUCAAACCUUGUGAAAGUGGCCAAAGCCAUGCAGAGGAUGAGAAAGAGGUUCUAUGUCAUCAGGACAAAGCUGGACAGGAGCCUCGGUCCAAGUGCCCACUCAGAACCCCAGCUACUGCGGAGUAUCCAGGAGAGUAUUCAGGAGAACCUCCAGAAGGAGGGGGUGAAGGUGCCCCCCAUAUUCCUGGUAUCCAGCUUUGAGCCUUCAUCACAUGACUUCCCGAAGCUCAGAGACACACUGAAAAAAGACAUUCCCUGCAUCAGACAUUAUGGUCUCUUAGGAACCCUUUUCCAAAUCUGCGAGAAGACUAUUAAUGAGAUAGUGGAAUCCAUUAAUAGGAGCAUAGAUGAGGAUAAUCUAAAAGCUAUUGGAAUCUCAAAUCCAGAUAAUCUGAGAGAGUGUCAGCAAUUAUUCAAAGAAAAACUUGGUGUGGAUGACAGAUCUCUCCACCAGGUGGCUCUGAUUAUGAACCAGCCUGAUGUUUAUUCCAGGGAUGCCAAGCAAUCCCAGGUUACACAGAGAGACCAACAAUAUGGCUGGACUCAGUCUCAGCUUUAUCGUUCCAGAAAUGAAUGUUUCUAUACAAGGUUUAACGACAACAUCAGUUGCCGUUUUGACUCUCGCCGUCAUAGACACAUGAGUCAGAAACAUGUGCUUGAUGAAGUUGCUAAACAAACCAAGAAAAUUCUAUGGGAAAUCCUGAAACAGUCCAUUAUCCUUCCUCAGGAGGGCUAGACAACUGAGGUCCCCUAACCAGCUCUGUACCCUACGUCUACCCGAAGUUGAGCUUACCUGAGAUGUGGAUUCCAAGUUCCUUGAGGUUAAUGGUCCACAUUUCUUGAUGGGUGUCCCCCCACAUGGAAACACCAUAAUGGAUUUUGCUUUGUACCUUUGUUUAAUUUUAUUAACUGAACCAACUGGAUACCAAUAUAGGAGAAACUUCCUUAUUUUGACUGUACAGAAUCUCACCUUUGACACACGGUUUCCUUGCACCUAUGGUAGAUAUUGUUUCUCUAAGAGGCCUCUUGGUUUCCCAUCUCUCUUUCCCCUCUCUUCCUCUUUCCUGUCUGGGGAAGCAGUGCAUCCCUGGGGGAAUGAGGAAGAGCUUGCUGUUGUCCAAGGUCUGAAAGCAUGGCUGGUAGAGGCCUGGUCUCUGACCUCUCCUCCCAUGUGUAAAGAGAGGGGAAUUAACUCUGGACCACUGGAAAUGGGAUUCACCAAGUGCUGAAGGGAAGAAUUCUAAGUACCCAACACUGCCCCCA